CAGUGCUGCCAUGACAACCAGAGAGCUGGGUUCCGGCCCGCGCCAGAAGGUGGCGGAACACUGGAGAGGAUUGUUUCCAGAACUUUCUGUCCAUGAAGGGGUGUCCUGAGGCCCUCUCCUCUCAGGUGGAGAUAUUUAAGUGGAAUAUGCGCCCGAGCUUCUGUUUUAUAAACCUGCACGUGCUCGCAUUUUAGUUUGGUCGAGCCGAGGGCGCAUGGGCUGGCGUAAAUACAGGAAGUUACAUCAUGACCGGCUAAGAGGUCGCCCUCUCCUGGACUGGAAUGGGUAUAGGUAGGAGUGUAUUCAUGUGCAUGAGUGUGAAGAGAGGGCCUACAAGCUCUCGCACUGCUCCUCUUCACCCAUGAAGGGCAGACACACACACACACACUCACACUCUAGCUCUCUCUUUCUCUCUCACACACACAAACACACAUAUACCGACACACACAAACGCCUGUGAACCGCGUUGUUUUCAACCAGGACAGGAUCCUCCCGGUCUGAGGAGAAGCUUUGGAGUCUGAGCUGUCUGAUUUUGGCAGGAUGAAGAGCAUCUUGAGAAGAUGAUGGUCCGGCAGCUUCUCUAUGUCCCUGUAAGUCACAUAGAUUGGUCACACUUUUGUUAUUAUGAUGCUUCUGAUGUUUGAGUUAUGCACAUGUUUUUCUGUGUUAUGUCAUUCUCAGCACAAAGGUGUGUUACUGAAAUAAAAACUUCCAUUAGUAUAAAAAGUAUCAAAGCAUGUAAAUGUUGUCUUUUUAGGACAUAUGUGUGACUUAUGGAGCCAAACAACUUUAAAUCAGGGAGUUGUUUUGUGCUAAAAUUGUCCUCAGCCUCUCUUAUUGUGUUACAGGAUUUAUUUUCGACAUCAUUGUGGAGUUCAUUUGAAGAGAUUUAGGCUUCAGUCCUUUGCACUGUAAGGUGACACCACAGGAACACAACAUAAUCUUCUUCUCAUUAGCUGCAGUCUAAUGCGCUUAGCUGCUUGCAUUUACCUACACCAUAAAAUCAGACACACACAUUUGACUGUGACAUGCUAAUCUUAGUUUAUACUGAGCAUCUUUAUUAAAUGAUUUAUUUAAUGGUUCAAACCAGACCCCCAAAUUUAAUUUCUAAACAGUUUUGAACACACAGGUGUUUUUUGAAUGUAGAUAAAGAGGCAAUCUCAAUAGUUAAAAAUCAAGCCAAUGUGGAAGUGCCAAAAAAACUGCAGUUCCUCUUGUGGCCACUUGAGGCUGGCCCCAAAAGCAAGGAAAUUUCCAUUCAAAAUACCAGUAAACUUAGAAACAACAAACUGAUUUGGUCUGAACCAUAGACUGUAUAUACUAUGGACAAUGUGGUUCCGCCUCCCGCCUGUAUACAGAUUUGAAGCCAAAAAGCUCUCAGUAUUUCCGCGAUUUUUCUUCAUUUCCUGAAACUAGCACUGCGCAGUAGCGUUGUACACAUUCGGCGGGAGAGUCGCUGAGAGUCGUUGUGAUGACACUCGGCUCAAACAGCGUAUCCCCCGGGGGAGCUACACAAUCCCUGAACACCAAUAGGCUGUAUCAGGUGUCAAUCACAGAAAACAUGAACACUCUAAUAACUUUUAAAAACGGAGCUUCACAGAAAAAAAGAGGACUUGAGCACAAACUAGUCUUACAGUAACUACAUGUCAACAUCGCAAGCAGGGGGGAGAAAAAUGUAUGUUUUGUGUAUAAUUAAUUUCUAAAGUUUGUCCACAGCCCCAUAAGCUUUGCUUUGACCUAUACUGCAGCCCGUCACCAGAGGGUGCUGUUCUCGUAGUGGCUUCACCCAGCGAGGAGGCAGACUCUGUCCAUUCUAUAUACAGUCUAUGAUCUGAACAUUGUUCUGUUAAUGACAACUAAACUAAACUAAAUUUUUAUGAAAGUAACUCCUUUGAAUUUUACUACCAGUUAAAAUAAUGUUAAAAUAGGGGCAUGGUAACUCUGACUGGAGGGUGGAUACUGCACAGCCAAGUACUAAAAUGUACUUCUCAGUCCUGCUGUACUUGACAAAUUAAAUUACUAUAUUUUUAAUAUAUUGGAACAAAAGGAAGCUAUUGUUCAGUAUUGUCUCCAGAGAUCAAUAGCAUGGUGGCUGCUAAUUUGCAGGACUCCAAAAGGCACCCAAAAAAACAAACUGAGGAUAUGUUUGAAAAAGUAAUCUAAUAAUAGGAAGAAUGACCACAACAUCAACACUCAGAGACAGCUAUGACUUAGCAUGUCUAACUCAGUUUGUUUGUCUUGUGAUAUGAAGAAACAAACAUAACUUUUGUCAAAAGCAGUUCUGAAUUUUGCUAUAAUCCUGAGUAAACACUGGUCUUCUCCCCCAUAGGCAACCGGCACGGUAGCAGUGCCGUUUUGAGCACAAAAGCACCAUGGGAAACGUAUUGCAGUGCUGUUACACACUGUCACACUACUUUAAGUGUAAGGAUACACCUGCCCGGCGAGAGGCUGAAAGAUCUCCACUGUUAUCCAGCGAGGAGAGUGAGUGUGAGUCGCCGAGUCUGCCAGAUGACCUGGAGGAAGAUCUGUCAACUGUCUCAACAGGAGUGACAAACCCCGCCCUUGAACCAGAGCACUUCCUGUUUCCAGAUAUUAUCCUAAGCAGCAACUUGGGAGGGGAUGUGACUCUAGUGGAACCGAUGGUGUGUCUACUGGUGUCCGAGGAGGAAGAGGGAGUAGGGCUGAUUGAGCAGGUGGAUGACGGACAAGAGAGGAGCAGCAGAUGGAGAAACAGGAGUUAUUCAGAGGUGGAGACACAGACUGAGGGGGAGACACAGAUCUGUACAGGUGUUCAGACUCAGACAGAAUCACAGAUGGGGGUUCAUGCACAAACAGAAAAACUGGUGAGCGAUAAUGAAACUCUUACAAGAGAAAUGAACACACUGACUGGAACUGGUUUUAAAACAGACUGGGUUGUCGAUGUUUGGGAUGAAAGUGAAGUACAGACGCAGGUGGACGUUCUUUUGGGGGAAACAGACACACAUACAGCAGAUGAGAGGCACUCAGAAAUUCAAAUCAAAAUGCCAUCAGAGACAACCGACAAGGAGGCUGAACAGAAUAAAGUAAAAGAGAAACACGGUCAUGAGAAGUUUUGCACCAAUUCAACAAGGCAGGCAUGUGAAAAAGAAAGAAAUAUAGAGCAAACAAUCGACGUAAACACUGAUAAAGAGGCUCUGUUUCAUUUGCAACAAAACACUGUGUCUACAGAGGACGAUACAGGCUUGAAGGAGCAGCACACUUUGUCAGCUGAGGAAAAAGAGCUUGACUCUGUGAUUCAGACUGAGCAUAACAACAUGAGCGAGAACUUCUCUGUAGUUCAAUCACAGAAGGAAACAAAAGUUAACAUCAACAAAGCUGAAGUUUUGGAGAACUUUGACUCUGAUGACCGUGAUGUAGACCUGAAACUAAUGAUUGAACAGGAUGAUAAAAGGACUGGACACGUCGACACAGACACAACCGUUAAGAAGUCUGAGGAGCAUGCAGGUCAUUCUGCAGAUUCAUUACUUUCAAACACAGAUCAAACUCGGUGCCAGAAAACCCUGCAGCCAACAAAGAGAAAAGAGGAGGACAUCAAAGCUUGUCUUCAGGGGGUUUUGGAGUUGGAGAAAGCCCUGCAUAAGGUGGAGGAGGAGGGGGCUGAGGUGAAGCAAAUGACCCUGUUUUCAGUGGACAGGCUGUUUCUGGCUGCAACAUAUGUCAAAGGUGCCUCAUUUUGAUUUGACCGUUUGUCUGUGCUGGAAUUUCUCUGAAGUGUGAUCCAGUUGAUAAUGGUUCAUUCAAAUAAUUUCUACAUUAUGUCUGUAAAUGCAGCGUGAUCGUCCAGUUUUAUUAACUUCUAAACAAAUAUUUUUGAGUGAUUUCCGUGCAUUUGUAAUAAAAUAAAAGUAAAUAUCUAUUUCUCCUUUUGAUUUAAGUGCUUGUAAAAUAGUUUCCUGUACAGCAUGAAACCAGUUUUGUCUUUUACCUCUUUUUGUCUCCCUUGUGAAAAGCUCCUUGCCAAACUGAAGAAAACUCUGUCGAUGAUUCCCCAAAAAAACCCGAUCAUGAUGAAAGAGAACAGCUCAGCAUUCGUGACAUAGUUGAUCUUCAAGAGAUGGGCUUCACUGUCAGAAUCCAGCCCCCGGGAGCAGACAGUUUUGAGCUUCAGGUUUUGCUUUGCUCUUGUUAUUUUGUAUUAAAAAAAACUUCAUGUUUGUCUGUUUCUGUAACUCUCAGAAUAAAACUCUGUUUUUGCUCUCAGGUUUCAGGCCAGAUGUUGGUAGCAGAGCUUUACCAGGUACUGAUGGAUCAUGAGAUCACCUGCCACCGCACAUGCUUCUCCCUUCAGCUGGGGGGCAGUGUGCUUGACAGCCUGACACAGCUACGCUCAAUCCAGGGCAUCCAGGAGGGGGCGCUCAUUAAAGUGGUGGAGGGUGACUGCCUUCUCUUUGCUUUUGCUUGAUAUGUUAAGUUAAGAAUGUAGUCCACUUAAGGAUACAGCCAUAUGACACCUCUCAACACCUCAUCAAAUUGUUAUUUUCCAGAACAUCUCCUCAAAUUAGCAAAUAUUUCUACACACUGCAUCACACACCUCAGACUUGACUUCAGAUAUUUGGCUAACUUAGCACUGCGCUUUUUAAAAAUCUUAUUACUAUGUAUUGUUCAUUUACAAAGAUGAGGUGACAUAGAAUAGCCUAAAGACGUUAAUUUAUCAGACAUCAGUAAGGAAGUCAUGCUAAUUCUUCGAGAUCUAUGGCCCACAUUUAUGAUAACUUCCUCUCGAGCUACAAUAGUUUCUUUGCGUCCAUAUUUUUAUAUUAUUUUAAUUUUAAUUUAUUAUAUAAGUUGAAACCUUGUAACUUAAAUUUUCGUGAUAUUGAAUUCAACACUUCAGAAGCAUCUAUUUUGCUUGUCUUGCAGAUUCGUACACUGUGCGUGAUGCUCGUCUUCAUCUCAGACACGUCCGGGAUCUUUUGAGGAGCCUCGACCUGACUGAUGCGUAUAAUGGAGUGAACUGCAGCUCACUAUCCUACCUUACCUUUUACACCAGAGGAGACAAAGGUCUUUUUUAAUCUAGUCACCAUUUCCCAUCUGCUUUUGUUUAAACAUUUCUCUCUGUAAUUCUUCAACCUUUUUCGCCUCUAUUUUUAUUGAUUCAGAAAGUGAGAGUAUUGGAAACAGGCGAACUUCUGAAAAAGAGCCCGCUGACUUUCAGCCGCCUGAAUACAUCUUGCCUGGAUGCAAGGAGCGGCCUCUGAGUCCUCUGCAGCCGGUCAGAGAUGACUGGAAGGUGAACAAUCAGUUUGUCAUAUGUAGAUGUGAAGAUGUUAACAUCCCAAGAGAUUUGUUUACUUUAAGGGAAUCAGCUAUGCAAGUGUCAUUUCAGCCUCUCCAGUGCCUGCGGGGCUUGGCCAUGAGCAGCUGGAACCCUCCUCCAGGAAACAGGAAGAUGCAUGGAGACUUAAUGUAUCUCAAUGUCCUGACAAUGGAGAACAAGGAGCUCAAUAUAACGUCAUCAACGCGCGGCUUCUACCUCAACCAGUGAGUGUUAAACAUGUCGAGGAGAAACCAAUCAUCAGUGUUUUCAGAGUCCCAAGAACUAUUUGAUUGACUGUCACAAAACUUAAUACAUUCAUUGUGCCCAUUGAAAACAUCCUCAUUAUUUUUCACAGCACCUGUGGCAGUUUAAAGAUUUUGCCUAACUCAAGAAAUAUUGAUUGGUGCACGUGAUUGAUUAAUUACAGACAUUCAGGGUUGCCUGUUCAUUUUCCCAUCAAUCCACAACUAUUGGAUGAGAAGCCAUGGUCUGGUCCAAAUGUCAACGUUGCCCUCACAAAGAAUUAUCAUUACUUUUGGGAUACCUUAAGACUUAACAUAGGCAUUUAAUAACCAAAAGUGCAAAAGGCAAUUAACAAAACAUUAUCUUUGAAAAGUUCAAACAAAAAUCUAAAAUCUAAAAACAAACUACAAAACUCAGAGGCAACUCGGGGAGGAAAAUUAGAGAUUUUUGCUUUUGUGAAAUUCAAGUCUCCCAUAAGUGUUGCCCAAAAUCCCCUGUUUCUGACGAUAAUCUGGCUCUGAAUUUCAUUUUUAUUGCUUCAAAAACUACAAAUUUAUUAGCAACAAUAAAAGAAAAAAAUAGUUGGAUUAAAAAAAAAAUACCCUGUGCCCAGAGAACACUAAGCCAACAUUAAUUACACACAGGAUAGUGAAUGGAAACUUGCUUGGAUUUAACUUGUGCUGCGUUCUGACUGCUCCAGGUCAACUGCCUUCAACUUCAACCCUAAACCUGCAGCCCCCAAAAGCCUAUGCCACUCUCUGGUGGAGCUGCUGAGUCAAGUGAGCCCUGCUUUCAGGAAGAACUUCAGUACUCUGCAGAAGAAGAGGUUAGCACAAAAGCAUAAACCAUGAUAAAAGAACAAGUGACAUUUAACACUUUUCAUAUCAGUGAUUUCCUGACACCUACACUAACCUAUUAUAAUCAUAGAAAUAAUGUCUUCUGUCACUUGCUGUGUGAUCCAGAGUACAGCAGCAUCCUUAUGAGCGAAUUGCAGCACCUUUCCAGCUGUUCACCUGGAUUGCUCAUCAAGGAGACCACUCCCUGGACUGUGUCAGAGCAGAGGAGACACACACAAGUCGCAUGGGCCAGGACGAGCACACAGCUGGGCAGGUUGCAGACAUACAAUCGUAAAUCAGGAGAAAUGCAAAGCCAAAACAACAAUCACUGACUGGUUGUGAUGCUUACUUUGAGGUUGUGUGUUUGAACAUAGAGUCGAGACUGGAAUGAGGAGCUGCAGGGAUGCAGAGAACUGAGCAGGAGCUCUCUUGAAGAGCGUCUGCACAGAGAGAGGUGUAUGUUCAAGGUGAGGCCGUGUGUUGAUUCGUAUGCUUAUUUUUCUUUCUGAUUUGCUUUGAGAGCAGCAAAUCAGGGGUAUAAGAACUAACUUAGACAUGCUCCCUCCAGCGGAGUUUGAGCUGCAUUUCUUUUCCCUCUCUUGGUUUAGAUUGUGUCGCUCUUUAUUUUGUAUUUUUGAUCCCUUUCUGCAGACAAACUCUGACUUUGUUGCUGCUGCAACACAAGGAGCUGUGGCUGUUGUGGACGGUAACGUCAUGCCGUUAAAUCCAGGGGAGCCGCCUCAUAUGCAGAUGUUUAUCUGGAACAACCUCUUUUUCAGCCUGGGGUUCGACAUAUCUGACCACUACCGCCCACUGGGGGGCAACACUGCUGCUCAUGCUGCUGCUGUCUGUGACCUUAGAGGAGCCCAGGUAGACAAAUAGCCAGGUGUUUGAUCUGCAUGUGCCGUUUAAUCUGUCCUGUUUAAAGUAUAUUGAAUCACAAAAGGGGCUGUGCUAGAUCAAGAAGCUCUUAUAAGUUGUGGUUGUGUGGAUAAUAAUAAAAAAACAAUCAAGGGUCAAUCAGCCAAAGUCCCUCAGUUGAGUGGCUUUCUGUUGUAUGUUAUCUACUCCCUUCAUGCUUCUAUUUAAAACUGAAUACUUGUGUUGUUCUUUAUAGGCAUACAUGUCAGUGGACAGAGAGGGGCUUCACACACUUGGCACAGCUGUGGUGGAUUAUCGUGGCAUCCGUGUUAUUGCUCAGACCAUCGUUCCCGGGAUACUGGAGAAAAACCAGGAGCAGAGUGUUGUUUAUGGCUCUAAUGACUACGGAAAAACUGUUUUUACACACCCCAGGUACAGCAGGAAAAUGGUAACAUUCAUUUGAGAAAUUUUAAAGCACAGUGACAACUUUUAGAUAUUGUUUUCCUGUAUUUAUGAAUUGUGCUAAGAGUAAGAAAGGACUCCAGGCCCUCUUUCUAAACUUCCUAUUUGCAGUUUAGAGAUUUUCUUUGUGAGGCCAAAGACAAUUUUCAACGUUUAAUAAAGUUUUAUUUCAUUCUGUCCUAUUUUUUUAUAUCUUGAUUGAGUUUCAAAGUGUAUUCAGGCAACGUUUAAUUCUAUCAACCUUAUUCCAGGUUCCUGGAUCUUCUGGACAGAACCUGUAAACCUCUAAGAAUUCAGCGUCACCAGGUGCUGGACCACAACAACAGCCCUGUGGAGCUUUGCUCAGGCAUUGAGACCAAAGGAAUCAUAGGUAAUGAUGGAAGAGCGUACAUCUUGGACCUUCUCCGGACCUUCCCUCCUGACCUCAACUUCCAGCUCACAGUAUCAAAGGACAGAAGUGAGGUGCCGCAGGAGUGUCAGAGCUUUGGAUACCCACAGAAACACCAUCACAGCCUGGCCAGCCUGCGACCAGAGCUGAUCGAGGCCUUCGUCCAGUACAAGUAAGGAACAAAACAUGUGGACCUUCAUCUUUCAGAGGGAAGUAUCUUGUUCCUUAUCUCUUUUUUUUCUGCUUCAGGCAUGAACUUUAUGAAAAGAUGGUGUCUGAUGGCCUGGAGAAACAGGACAAAGCCAGAGAGCAGAGCGAGGAGACAGUUUUUGACCCAAGCACUGAAGAUACAGGUACAGCUUUGUUGACAAAUAAGACAUCUAAAACUGAGUAAAUAAAAAAUAGUUAUUUAUAAAGCUAGAAGCAUUAGGCUAAGAAGUGUUUAGUUAACAGUGAAAAGAACCGUAGAAGUAUUUAACACUAAUCAAAAAAUGUAACAUACUUAAAACAGGUCUUAAAUAAUUUUCUACUGAUUCCUUGUCGAGGAAUUUGCAACCUUGUUAGUAGACCUUCACAAAUAUUGAUCGGUCGAUAAUAAUCGAUGAUAAUGAUCAGGACCAAGAGUGGUGUUUCAGACUGUUUGACUUUGUUAUAUUUGCUUUCAGAAUUUCAGAAAAGAAACAUGACCUUAAAAGCUUGCAGGUCUGUUGGAUCAUCAAGUGACUCUUGCUUUGACAUCCGCUUCAAUCCUGAUGUUUGUUCUCCAGGUAAUAUAAAAUACCUGUCUUGAAAGUCUUGAAAAAUAAAACUCAGAGUUAACUGUGUGCCUUUGCUUCAGGUGUGUGUUUUCCCUCCGAGUGUGUUGAAGAUGUUCGGAGGCAGAAACAGUUGUUAUGGGAUGCGGCUGUUUUUCUGCUGACUCACCAGAUUCCAGCCUUUGUGAGUCUUCAAAGUAACAUCUCUGAUCACGUGUAUUUCUUUCUUAAAUUUUGAGAUAUCUCUAACUCAUUCACUAAUCGCUGGGAGUGUGUGUGGAUUUAUUUUGUGUGUGGGUAAGCUGAGAGACUGCCUUGACCACACAGCAGUGCCGAUGGACGGAGCAACCUUGACCUCAGCCCUGCAUCAGCGGGGUGUCAACGUACGAUAUCUGGGCACUCUUUUGCAAGAGCUGGACAGGAUGGAGAAGAAAGGGAGACUCAGUCACAUACAGGUAUUUCUAACUCAUGGAUUUACAGUCAUUACAGCUGCUCUUGAGUCUCUUUUACAUCACUUUUAUCACAAUCUUAGAUAUUCAGGAUCUGACAAGAGCUAGAACUCGAGACAGAAGAUCACAAUACUGCACUUAUCAUAACGACUUUCUUUAGGUCAACAAAAGACUGAAAUGGUAGAGAUGCUCCUUAAAGAAUUAAACUACAUUUGAUUACCAGUGUACCUGUUUUUCUUUUUUUUGUUUGGAUAUGAAAAAGUAGCAUCCAAAUUUCUUGGCCGGUGGUUUCAUGCUGUUUGACUGUUUUUUAUCCAAAAAGGAAAAGGACAUCCAAUUUCAUAAUAAUACUCCUUCAGGGCAAGCAAGUGAUAGCUGUCUUAAAACUGGUUAGAUUGGCAGAAAGGUAAAUUUGCGAAACGGUAUGUUAUGGGCACCACUAACAUGGGUGAAAUUUAAGCUGCUUAGUACAUAACAAAACUAUCAAACAGAUUUCCCCCUAAAGGAUGGAAUACAUAUAAUUUUCUUCAUUAUCACUAUUGGCAGGCCUUUCCCCUCUUUAUCUUAAUCAUAGACAAAGUGACAACCAUACGUUUCCUAAGUUCUCAGUUGAAAUACUCGUGCUAUCUCUAAAAACUAGCUUUAAUAUCUGUUAUGCUGUUUCUAGACCAGUAAAUUGACAAGUGAAAAAGGGGAAAAAACAUUAAACUUAAGAAGAUACUGAAAAAUGAAACAUUUUUAAUUGUGUCCCCUAUCCAGUGGUUUACUCUUGUUGUAUAUCCAGAAAUAAGGAAUGAUGUCUGUCAGUCUGAUCACGUUUUCCCUCACAGAGAAUUUCCAUCAGCGAGGUCAUCAUCAGAAGUGCAAAACACAUCUUCAGGACUUAUCUGCAGGUAAAGGGCACAUAUGAUAUCAGCAGGUGAAAUAUCAUUGUUGUUAAUGUUAUAACUAGAAUUCUUCUUAACAAUCUCUAUCUAAUUCACUCUCAGGAUGUCGAACCUGCAGCAUUCUCUGCGGCCGUCAGUCACUUCCUGAACUGUCUCCUCGGUUCCUCCUCUUGUUUGGACUCCUGCUCAGACGAGCUCCUCUCUCGACGCAAGAGCCGACGUCGAAGGAGCCACGGGAGUCGAGUGACCUCGUUGUCAGACAGCGUGUGGACCAGGCUGAGCCCAAGUGAGCUGUGGGUCAAGAUCAAGGCUGAGGCAGAAGAGUAUUACCACUUCACAACAGACAGGUGUGUUUGUGUAUGUGUGGGUGUGUGGAGGGGGGGGUCUGUAAUUGGAUAUGUGCAGCAGGAUUUCACUCUGUUGUCCUUUUGUGUGUUUAGUGAAAGUUUAGAUGAAGUAAUAGAAAAGCACAGCCUUCAGAAGAUCUCCUUACUCAGAGAGAUUGCCAUCAAGACCGGCAUCCAGGUCUGUCACUCUUCACCAUAUCUGAAGCAGCAACAAAGAUACUCUAUUUCUGCUAACUUCCUUACUGUCAAACUAUUUAUUUAAAGAAAUCCAGAAAAAUAAAAAGUUCGAUUCAAACUUGGGUGCACACUUACCUGUAAAAACACACAGUAAAUGCUUUUAUUUGAUGCUGGCUAAGAAAAUUGGCGAGACAAGUUAAGGCUGAUCAUUUUUUUCUCAUUUUCUUCUUCUUUUUCUGUCUGCUCAGGUGCAGCUGAGGGAGUAUGUGUUUGAGUCUCGGCACAGGCCAGUGUUUGGUGAGGAAGAUGUGGUCAACAUGUUUCCUGUGGUCAAACACCUCAAACACACAGCGACAGAUGCCACGCAGCUUGUGCAACACGCACAAGCGGCAGUACAGCAGGGUGAGACACAAAAUCGUAAAACAAAGCAGUAUGUUGAAAUCUAGACCUAAAAUCUAAUCUUAAUCAAUCAAGUAGACAUCUCUAUUGGCAUUGUAAGAUUACAUGAUCUGAUAUCACUCUGUUUUGCUACAUUGCAGGUUAUUUUGCAGGUUUAGUGUCUUACAUUCUAGGUUUUGAAGAUGUAAUUUUUUGUCACUGGACACCCACAAGUCUCAUCAGCAGUCGUUUAUGUUGUAUUCCAGGGCUUCUCAAAGAAAGCUAUGAGCUGAUCAGCCAGGCCCUGACUCUGUUCAGCAGUGUAUGUGGGAUCCUGCACGAGGAUGUGUGCACGUGCCUGCGUCUCCUCGGGCGGAUUAGCUACAUCUUUGGGGACUAUGCCGAUGUAAAUAUGUGUUUAAAUUACAGCGUGAUAUCAUCCUGAUUUUGACCUGAAUAAUUGCAUCAAUGAAACAUUUUAAAUUAACAUUUGACUCACUGCUUCUAGGCCCUCAGUCACCAGGAAAAGGCUGUUAUGAGCAGUGAGAGGGUCCAAGGUAUAGACCAUCCACAGACAAUACAAGACUACGUGAGUUCCUAGACUUGUUGACAUGAAUGAACUGAAGCAUUUUAAACCUGAUUGUCUUGUAAAGAUACUUGGCCUAAAUCUUAUUAUUUCAUAUUUUUUAAAUCUGAAUGUGAAAGUAUUUUGUUCUGUGAUACAGACUCACCUGGCCCUGUACUCCUUUGCUGGAGGCCGCCCCCAGAUCUCCCUAAAGUUGCUUUAUCGUGCUCGAUACCUCACCCUGCUAGUAACUGGAGAAGAUCAUCCACAUGUUGCACUUCUGGAUGUAAGUGAGACUUUAGCUGCAUGUUUGUCAGACAUUCACAGUUUAUACUUAAAAGUGAGCUGGGAGACAUCAAAAUAAUCUAAAGGAGUGACCAAAACAUUUACUGAGACUUAAACAAACUAUGAUUUUCUUUAAGGCAUAACAGAUACAAUUUUCUGUAUAUGAAUAUACUUCUAACUAGUUACGCAAGUUUUGAGUAUAUUUUUAGAUUUUAUCCAUUUUAUUUUCACUUUUAUACCCACCAAUAUAACUCUGUAUUCAUUUCCUGUAUUGCUCCCAUGCAACAGUAAGAUGUCCAUUGACUGCUUCCAAAAAAGCUCAAAUACAGUGAUGAUUGUCCUGUUUAAGACAAAUGAGAAAAGAUAAAUACAAGUCAAGUUAUUAAAAUACUGGGAAAUGGCAGCUUGAAGCCUUAUUUAGUCAAAACCAAACACUAAAGUAAACGACAGAAAAUCACAUAAAAACCAACUUAUACUGUACGUAUAUAAACUUUAACUUGUGUUAAAAGUUGUGAUCACCUUUCGUCUAAAUAUCAGGAAUCAUGAAUUAUGCUCAUGCUUUAUUUCCCCACAUCAGACUAUGCUGGGUCUCAUUCUUCAUGGACUGAUGGAGUAUGAGCUUUCCCUGAAGUUCCUCCAGAAUGCCUUAACUUUAACCUCAAAAUACCACAGUGCCACAUCCCUGAAAUAUGCACAGAGGUAAGGCAGUUUGUCUUAUUGUCCCUUUGUUAUAAUCAUGAGCAUGUAUUUUACAUAUCUUAUCAUGCCUCUCUUUAUGCAGUCACCAUCUGCUCGCCACCGUGUAUGAAAGUAAAGGAGAGUUCCGCUUGGCUUUGCAACAUGAGAAAGAGGCUUAUUCCAUAUACAAGAGCCAGGUAUGUUUGCAAAUGCUAGAAAACUAUGUCUGCUAAUGCUACUGUAAUGUUAUAUGCCCAUUGUUUCAUUGUUAUACAUGUCAGGUUGGGGAGGACCAUGAAAGUAUGAAGGAAAGCUCAGAGUACCUGAAGAGCCUCACUCAGCAAGCUGUGAUCCUUCAAAAAGCCAUCAACAGUAUCUACAGCAAAACACCCAGUGCCUGUGUUCCACCUCCAAAGGUUUGUCGAUCAUGUAAAAACAUGUAUUCAAAAAGCAUCUCUUGUCGAUACUUUAUCUCUUUAUCUGUGUUUCCCUGCAGUUUUCUACUCCAAGUCUUUCCAAAAUCCUUCAGCAGCUUAAUCUGGCAUGUGGAAUCAUACUGAUUCCCCUCAGGUGAGCACAGAGAGAUUGAAUUUUCAGUAAAUGAUAAAUGAUGACUAUACACGAUGAUUUCUCCAAUGCAUUCUUUUAUUUUUAGUGCAAAGGAAAUGUCGGAGCUGACGGCUGAAUUGAAAGUAAAGGCAGAGGUGGAAAAGCUGCCUGAAAAAAGUCAUGAAACCUGUGAGCUACAAUACUGAGCUGUGAACACAGAGGCUGUCAGAGAAACAUCUGGGAUUUCUAGCAGGCGUCUGAAAAUGACCAUGAACUAUAAACAACAAUGGCAGCAAAAGCCUGGAAAAUUGCUGCUUUCCUAAGUAGGUUAAUCUACUUUGGACAACAACAACAACAUUCAAGUAACAAACCAAUGUACCUGUCCUCUUUUGGAAAAAAGGAGUUUGUUCUCCUGUAAUCUGUGGUUAGAAAUUUGUCUCAUACUUAUGGUAUAGAUCUUGGUGAAAUAUGUGGGGUCCAUUAAUUAACUCUACAGACUGUAACUUUAAUGGUUAAUAUUUAUAACUGUCCUUAACAUAUGAAACAUAUGAAAAUGCAUAAAACCUGUAAUAUGGAUCAAAUGGAUAUGCUUUUAGAUAUACGACUAAACAAGGUAUGUUGAAGUUAACUCCUUCUGUUAAAAAUAAAACAACCUGUUUAAGUCCAAACUUCUGUAA